ACAGCGACGCGAAGGGACUAGAGGAGAGGAGUAGUCACAGACCUGCUCUGAGGACUAACAUUUGACGGGGAAACCCCUGUUUUGACUGGUCUAGUCUUGGAGAGAACUGACAGGUGUCUGGUACUGAGGAAGAACUACAGUCUCAAGGAAAAAUGAGUUUUUUAUUCGGAAGCCGGUCGUCAAAGACCUUCAAGCCGAAGAAGAACAUUCCGGAGGGCUCGCACCAGUAUGAGCUGCUGAAGCACGCCGAGGCCACGCUGGGCAGCGGAAACCUGCGCAUGGCGGUCAUGCUGCCCGACGGGGAGGACCUGAACGAGUGGGUGGCUGUCAACACUGUGGACUUCUUCAAUCAGAUCAACAUGCUGUAUGGGACCAUCACUGACUUUUGCACUGAGGACAGCUGUCCUCUCAUGUCUGCAGGCCCCAAGUAUGAGUACCAUUGGGCCGAUGGAACCAACAUUAAGAAGCCUAUCAAGUGUUCCGCACCCAAGUACAUUGACUACCUGAUGACCUGGGUCCAGGACCAGCUCGACGAUGAGACUCUGUUCCCCUCCAAGAUAGGAGUGCCCUUCCCCAAGAACUUCAUGUCGGUGGCCAAGACCAUCCUGAAGCGCCUGUUCCGGGUCUACGCCCACAUCUACCACCAGCACUUUGACUCGGUCAUCCAGCUCCAGGAGGAGGCCCACCUCAACACUUCGUUCAAGCACUUUAUUUUCUUCGUCCAGGAGUUCAACCUGAUUGACAGAAAGGAACUGGCUCCCCUUCAAGAACUGAUCGAAAAGCUCACAUCCAAGGACCGAUAAAAUGACUUCACACUGCUACGCGUCGACACGCUGUCCACAUGCUCUCAUCCUUUUGUCAUCGCUCAUUAUUUCUACCCUUUGAUGACAAACUGUCCAACAUGGUUUCACACCAUCCAUAUGACCUUCCCAUCACCAUCAUGUAGUAAGAUGUCUCCCAGAAUGACAGAGGGAGGGCAAACCAUUUUAACACGGAACUCUUGUCUGCUUCACUUGUUUGUGUUGUCUGUCUAAUUUCCUGUCCUUUGCUCUACGGGACCCGACAUAGGAAAAGGGUACUUCUAUUUUGUGCUCCCCUUCAAAAAUGUGCUUUCAAACAUACAACAAAGUUGUAAGUGCCUAAUAGUAUCUGUUGGAAAAUUGUAAUAGUUUUGCUUGAAGUCAUCACAAGAUGAUGGUGAACACAACCAGAAUUCCUUUCCAGUACUAUCAGUACUGGUCUCAUUUAAUACAUGUUGAUAACUACUGCACACAAACUGCAAACAUGAUACAUACAUCCAUACAUACAUACAGUAUGUACAUACGUACAUACAGUACAUCAUGCAAAGUUCACAAAAUGUCAGAAACAAGAACAGUCUUGAAAGCCUUAUUGCAUCUUAUUAGAAUUGCAGUAAAGGUCAAAGGCCACUACAUAAGAAGAGCACAGCUGACAACCAAUCCGUUUCACCACCAUCAUUACUAAUCUCAUCAUCAGCUGCUGGGUGGCAGUACUCGAUUUCUGCUACCUGUAUUUGCCUACAUCUGUCUAACAUCACCUUUUUAAGUAAAAUUAAUGGAUAUAUACUUAUGAAUGUAGUGAGGGAAAUGUUUGUUACGAACUCGCUUGAUAAAGUUUUUGGUUGGUGGGGUAGGACGUCGUAAGCUUACUAUGCAAUAUGUUUUUUUUUUUUGUACUUCUUUUGCUGGCAUUUUUGAUAGCCCAUUGUCUUUCGAUUUUAGACGGUGGUGCAGCUAACUCCAAAAUAGGCCACUUGGAUUUCUCUAAUGUCGACAGACAUGGCAAGAGGAGGCUAUUUUUUAGUCUUUGGCUGCUCUGCUCACACGUACAGUCCAAUUCAGAGAAAUAUAAUUUUAUAUGGUCUGAUUGAUCAGAGACUUUGAUCUGUAUACACAGCGGUUUUGUAACCACCAGACAGAUGUACUUCAUUGGGUUUGAAAAAAGUAAAAAAGACAUACUAUUUUUAAUCACAUUUCUGUAUAUACUUUAUAUAUAUAUAUAAUGUGCAUAAAGAAGGCAUAUUUGAUGAAGUUUAGAGGAUAUUAAAACAAAGUCUAAAAAUUUGUUAUAUUUGCUUGGUAUUGUCAAUGUUUUAUUUUGUUGUCGUUUGCACUUUGAAUUAGUAUUUUAAGAGGUGAAGUGUCCCUGUACAGCUACCUCUUCCAUCAACAAAAUAUCUAUGAAUCCUUCUUCUGUUUGGUGUUUUGGAUAUUUUCCCCCGUACCAUGUUUAAGAGGCUUAUAGGUUUCAUUAGUUUCUUCCAUUUGGUUUCAAUCGCCAAUCAUUGAAUGUUAUCGCUUUAAUGAAUGUGAUACAGUGAUAAGAGUAAAAGAAAUAUGGGGGGGGGGGACUUUAAAAAACCUGUCAGAGUGUCCUGAAAAUUCUUUGGAAACCUCUUGAUGCAUUUUUAUAAAGUUGUAAACAAUGUACACAAAUUGUAUGCAGUGGAAAUCUAAGAUACGGGACUUUGUGGUACCUUAUUGAAUGCUGUUUAUAAGAUAAUAAAAUUAUUUGUUUGGAGAUUUCACUAAAA